AUGCCUGAAGAACUUAAACCAAUGGAGGAGGAGGUGGAGACCUUUGCUUUCCAGGCUGAGAUCGCUCAGCUGAUGUCAUUGAUUAUCAACACUUUCUAUUCUAACAAAGAGAUCUUUUUGCGAGAGAUCAUCUCCAACUCAUCCGAUGCUCUGGAUAAGAUCCGCUAUGAAAGCCUCAUUGACCCCAGCAGGCUGGAUUCUGGCAAAGACCUGAAGAUCGACUUGAUCCCCAACAGAUAUGACAAAACCCUGACUAUAAUUGACACUGGAAUCGGCAUGACCAAAGCUGAUCUCAUCAACAACCUGGGCACCAUCGCCAAAUCGGGAACCAAGGCUUUUAUGGAGGCUCUGCAGGCCGGAGCAGACAUCUCCAUGAUCGGUCAGUUCGGUGUGGGUUUCUACUCCGCCUAUCUAGUCGCUGAGAAAGUGACGGUGAUCACCAAACACAACGAUGACGAGCAAUACAUCUGGGAAUCAUCGGCCGGAGGGUCCUUCACCGUCAGACCAGACAAUGGUGAACCUAUGGGGCGUGGGACAAAAGUCAUUCUACACCUGAAAGAAGACCAGACUGAGUACUUAGAGGAGAAGAGGAUUAAAGAUGUUGUGAAGAAACAUUCCCAGUUCAUUGGCUAUCCCAUCACUUUGUAUGUAGAGAAGCAGCGCGAGAAGGAAAUCAGUGACGAUGAAGCUGAAGCGGAAACCGAAAAGCCAAAGAUUGAGGAUGUUGGGUCUGAUGAGGAAGAGGACACCAAGGCUGGAGACAAGAAGAAGGAGGAGCUGAACAAGACCAAACCCAUCUGGACGCGCAAUCCAGAUGAUAUCAGCAGUGAAGAGUAUGGAGAGUUCUACAAAAGCCUCACCAACGACUGGGAGGACCACCUGGCUGUGAAGCAUUUCUCCGUUGAGGGUCAGCUUGAAUUCCGAGCUCUCCUCUUCAUGCCAAGACGGGCGGCUUUCGACUUGUUUGAGAACAAGAGGAAGAAAAAUAACAUCAAGUUGUACGUGCGCAGAGUGUUCAUCAUGGACAACUGCGAGGAUCUCAUUCCUGAAUUUCUGAACUUCAUCAAAGGUGUGGUGGACUCUGAAGACCUACCGCUGAACAUUUCCCGUGAGAUGUUGCAACAGAGCAAAAUUCUCAAAGUUAUCCGGAAGAACUUGGUGAAAAAGUGUUUGGAAUUGUUCACAGAGUUGGCUGAAGACAAAGAGAACUAUAAAAAGUUAUAUGAGCAGUUCUCCAAGAAUAUAAAGCUUGGAAUUCAUGAAGACACUCAAAACCGCAAGAAGCUUUCCGAACUGUUGCGCUAUCACACCUCAGCUUCUGGAGAUGAGAUGAUUUCACUAGCAGACUAUGUAUCACGAAUGAAGGAGAACCAGAAACAUAUCUACUACAUCACAGGAGAGACCAGGGAUCAAGUAGCCCAUUCCUCCUUUGUGGAAAGGCUCCGUAAACAUGGCCUUGAAGUCCUCUACAUGACGGAGCCCAUUGAUGAGUACUGCGUGCAACAGCUGAAGGAGUUUGAUGGCAAAAGUUUGGUGUCUGUUACUAAAGAAGGCCUGGAUCUUCCAGAAUUUGAAGAUCUCCUCAAAGUCAUGAAGGACAUCCUGGACAAGAAGAUUGAGAAGGUGGUGAUCUCUAACAGACUGGUGGAAUCUCCGUGCUGCAUAGUGACCAGCACCUAUGGAUGGACAGCCAACAUGGAACGUAUCAUGAAGGCUCAGGCCCUCAGAGACAACUCCACGAUGGGUUACAUGUCAGCCAAGAAACAUCUUGAAAUCAACUGUGAUCACCCAAUUAUUGAAAAUCUGAGGCAGAAAGCUGAGGUAGACAAGAAUGAUAAAUCUGUAAAGGAUCUGGUGAAUCUGCUAUAUGAAACUGGCCUGCUGUCCUCUGGCUUCACCCUGGAGGAUCCCCAAACACAUGCCAACCGCAUCUACAGAAUGAUCAAGCUUGGAUUAGGUGAGUGGAGCCUUAUACACCAACAUAUCAUAGAAACAUGUUUCCCUGUUCAUCACAUGCUGUGUUUAAGCCACUAUGAUCCAAAGGCUUUUUGCUUGCCUUUUUCUGAUGUUUGGGGCACUAUUCAUUGCACUGACAUGAGUAAUUAUUUAUAUUACUGA